AAAAUUUUAUAAAUACAUAAAUAAUAUAAAAAAACAAGAAAAUGUUUUAAAUAUUUUUUUAUGAUAAAAAAUUUCUACAAGUGCUAAAAAAAAUAAAAUUUUACUAAAAUAUACCAAAUAAAAAUGGGUCUUACGGACAAAUUUCGUAAAAUCAAACGCAAUAGUCCCUCCAAAGGCAUUGAAUUAGAAAGGCGUCGUUCUAGUCAAAAUUUAGUUGUUCCACCUGAUCAAGUUACCGAACAGUCGUUACAAGUAUGGCGUGCUUUACCCCCUCAAAUAAGACAUGAUCCUAGUAUGGUUUCAUUUCAAAUGGAAAAUGAACGUUUACAUGGAUCUGCCGUACCCACCGAUGAUGAAUCAAUCCUUCCCAACGAAUUUGAAUCCAGCCAUGAAGAUGAAAAAAGUUUUGCUGGUUCAGAGUUUAUAAAUAUUAAAAAUUUACCGCGUUCAAAUCAAAAUGAAAACGAUCGAAAAAGUACCGACGAUGAAGGCACUCAUUCGGAUCAUGAAAUGCCCCACUGUAAUAGCGUGCAAAAACACAUUGACAAAGAAGAAGCCAAAGCGAAAAAUAAACAAAAACGUAACCGCAUUAAACUGGCAAAACGUUAUGGUUUAUUGGCAUUUUGGAUAUUUUCGGCUGUGGUGUUUAUGGCUUUCGAGGAAAAACAUUUGUUGGAAAAAACUUUGGAAGUGCCACAGGAAAAAGGGAAAAAUUUCAUUUUACAUACAAAACCUACGGGAGAUUUUAAUUUGAAAAUAUAUGGUACAUUUAAUGAGUCCUUCUAUGAUGCCAAUGAAACGGAAAGUUUUCUAACCAUACAACCACAAAUAUCUUAUACAAAUGGUUUUGAAAAUCAAACUAGUUUUAAGGACAUUUUACAACCCUGGCUGAUACCCUUAGUCAAUGAGGAACUUUUCGAUUAUGCUCCUGUGUUAUUGCGUAACUUUACUUACACUAUGACCGAUGAUGUCAUGCAAGAUCUGGAUAGUAAGGAUACGAUAAUGCGUUUGAGAAUUUUCUCUAAUGUUAGGAAAGACAUGGCGGUUAAAAUUAUUUAUAAUCCCCUGAUUAUAAAUGUGACAACUGGCACUUUAUUGGCGGCUUUCAUUUUGCUGACAUUCUAUGCUUUAUUAGUGUGGGAGGUCUUUGAAAGAACUUUUGUAGCAAUUGUUUGUUCUAUUUUGUCGAUUGCUGUUUUGGCCUGUUUUGAUGAUCGUCCCAAUAUGGAGGAAAUUGUACAAUGGAUGGAUAUGGAGUUAUUAACUUUGCUCUUCUGUAUGAUGAUUUUAGUGGGUAUUUUAACCGAAACCGGUGUCUUCGAUUACUUAGCUGUUGUGGCUUAUGAAAUCUCCCAGGGCAAAACAUGGCCCAUGAUUUAUAGCUUAUGUAUUAUAACCUGUUUUGUUUCGAGUUUUUUGGAUAACAUGACCACCGUUAUAUUAAUGACACCCGUGGCUAUACGUUUGUGUGAAGUUAUGGGUCUAGAUCCUGUGCCAGUUAUAAUGGGUAUUAUUGUGCAUUCAAAUAUUGGAGGUUCUCUUACACCCAUCGGUGAUCCCAUUAGUAUAAUUAUUUGUUCAAAUCAUUUUAUAGCGACCAAUGGCGUUAGUUUUAUGAAAUUUGUUGAACACACCAUACCCGGUGUAAUUUUAACUGUCCUACAGAGUUGUCUCUAUUUACGUUUAAUUUUUAGAGACAUUCAAUCAUUGCGUCUCAACGAACCAAAAGAGAUUAAAGAUUUAAGACGUGAAAUUCGCGUUUGGCAAAAGGCUGCCAAUUCGAUUUCGUCAUUUUCUAAAGAUGCCGAUUUAGUGCGUGAAACUUUGCUGAAGAAGGUUCGUAUUUUGAAACAUACUCUGAAACGGAAAUUAAGAGGUUUGGACAAGACAGAUGCUUAUGUUCAUACACUUGGAGAUUUGAAAGCUAAGUACCCCAUCAAAGACAAAAAACUACUAGCCCAAGCUUGUGGCGCCCUAGUAUUUGUCAUCGUGUGUUUCUUCAUACAAUCGGUACCUCAACUAAGAACUCUUCCCUUAGGUUGGGUGGCACUACUAGGAGUUAUAGCUUUGCUUAUAAUACUCAAUCGUGAAGAUAUUGAACAUUUAAUGCAUCGCAUAGAAUGGACCACACUACUCUUCUUUGCCGCUAUGUUUGUAAUGAUGGAGUGUGUUGAGCGUUUGGGUCUUUUCACCUGGAUUGGUGAAGUUACGGAAAAAAUAAUUUUAUGUGUAGACAAAAAGAAUCGUUUGGCCAUGGCAAUAUUCAUAAUUUUAUGGAUAUCUGCUUUAGCAUCAGCUAUUUUGGAUAGUAUUCCCGUAACCGCUAUGAUGGUUAAAGUAGUGGUGUCGUUGGUGGCCAAAGAAACACUUGGUUUGCCCUUGGAGCCGCUAGUAUGGGCUUUGGCAUUUGGUCCCUGUUUGGGUGGUAAUGGCACUUUAUAUGGCGCCUCUGCUAAUGUGCUGUCAGCCGGUAUUGCCGAACAACAUGGUUAUAAAAUUUCAUUUACACGUUAUUUAAAAAUUGUUUUCCCCAUGAUGUUGGGUCAAAUUACCAUUAUAACUGGUUAUUUAUUUGUCUCUCACAUUUUAUUUGAAUGGCAUUAAUCGAAUCCCCUACUGGCGACAGGGAGAUAUGGGGGGUUGAAGGAUGUACGACAGAUUUAGUUUCUUCAACUGCAGCUAUGAAUCGAGUUGUGUUUAUUUUUUAAGAACGUAAAACAUAAAUGACUUAACUUAUUUUACAUAUUUUCAUAAACAUCUUUAGAUUACAAAAGUGAAUUUAUUAUAAAUUAUAUUAUUAUAUACAUGCAUAUAAUAUGUAUGUAUCAAAUUUAUUAAAUAAAUAAAUGUAUUUCUUUUAAAUUCAUUAAAUA